AUGUCCGUCGCCUGGAACGUACAAAACGGAGAGAUCGAUGCAGUGAAGCAGAGCGUCAACGAGAAGAACGUUCACGAGAUCUACAACGGCCGCACCGCCAUUCAAAUUGCCGCCGACUACGGACAGACUUCUAUCAUUGCGUAUUUGAUUAGCAUUGGAGCGAAUAUUCAGGAUAAGGACAAAUACGGAAUCACACCGCUGUUGUCUGCCGUGUGGGAAGGACAUCGCGACGCGGUGAAGCUGCUACUCCAAAACGGUGCGGACCGUUCGAUACACGCCCCAGACGGCACGGCACUCAUCGACUGCACCGAGGAGGAAGACAUUCGUGAACUUCUUAAAAAUUGAGCAUAUUUUACUUUAAUACAUGCAUAAGUAUAUUUUAUCAAGCAUUCGCUAAUUUAUUCACCAUUAAAUCUCGAUUGCGGCAUUUUGUGUACUUUUUUACUUUUUUAUCUUCUUCCAAAUGUGGAAUUUUCAUGUUCACUUCUUUUUCUCUCUUUCGCUUUUUAGUUUCAUUGUGAUGUCAAUUUCAAUCAUCGAUCUUGUUCCUUCCCCCCAUUCAUUGAAAUCCUGUCACAUAUGUGUCUGUUUCCGAUGCGUUUUCCUUAUUCCGUUGCUUAUUUCGUUCAUCCACAUAUUGUCUCGGUUCUCUGCUUUUUUUGUUGCAGCUUUAAAUUUGCUUUAUCACCCAACUGUGUGUCUUAUCACCGUACACCCGUCCAUAUAAAUAAUAAAGGUGCUUGCUUCG